CAAGUAGACCAGCAGCGGCGGCGGCGGCGGCGGCGGCGGCGGCAGCGGCGGUGCUGGAGGCGCAGAGGGCGGCGCAGGCAGAGCCGGGCGGCGGGCGCGCGGGCCACGAGCAGAGCGAGCGAGCGAGCGAGCUGCAGGCUCCGGGCGGGCGGCGGCACAGCUCAGGCCGAGCCGGCGCGGGAGGAGUUCCAGGGCGAUGGGGCCGCGGCCGGGGCUGACGCUUUGACAGCUGGAAAGAGCGCGGAGCCAGCGCCGGGGAGGGAGGGAGCGCGGCGAGAGGAGUGCGAGAGAGCGGGCGAGCGCCGGGAGGGGGCCGGGAGCAGGGCAGCUCGGGAGACCGGACGGUAGCGGCGGCGGCGGCGGCGGCGGGCUCGGCGCCCUCUUCUCUGCAAGCCAUGUUUGCCAAAGGCAAAGGCUCGGCGGUGCCCUCGGACGGGCAGGCUCGGGAAAAGUUAGCUUUAUAUGUCUACGAAUAUUUACUGCACGUAGGAGCACAGAAAUCCGCACAGACCUUCUUAUCAGAGAUUCGAUGGGAAAAAAACAUCACACUGGGAGAACCGCCGGGGUUUCUGCACUCGUGGUGGUGCGUGUUCUGGGACCUUUACUGUGCAGCCCCUGAAAGGAGAGACACUUGUGAGCAUUCGAGUGAAGCAAAAGCCUUUCAUGAUUACAGUGCAGCAGCUGCCCCAAGCCCUGUGCUUGGCAACAUUCCCCCCAAUGAUGGGAUGCCCGGAGGCCCCAUCCCACCAGGUUUCUUUCAGGGUCCUCCGGGGUCACAGCCCUCGCCGCACGCACAGCCUCCACCUCACAAUCCCAGCGGCAUGAUGGGACCCCACAGUCAGCCUUUUAUGUCACCGCGAUAUGCAGGCGGCCCCAGGCCCCCGAUCAGAAUGGGAAACCAGCCUCCAGGAGGAGUUCCUGGGACACAGCCAUUGCUGCCCAAUUCUAUGGAUCCCACACGACAACAAGGUCACCCCAACAUGGGAGGAUCAAUGCAGAGAAUGAACCCUCCCCGAGGCAUGGGACCCAUGGGUCCUGGCCCACAGACUGACCCUUGGUUAUCGUUGCAGAAUUACGGCAGCGGCAUGAGACCACCACCCAACUCCCUCGGCCCCGCCAUGCCUGGGAUUAACAUGGGCCCAGGAGCUGGCAGACCCUGGCCCAAUCCUAACAGUGCUAACUCAAUCCCAUACUCCUCCUCAUCGCCCGGUACCUAUGUGGGACCUCCUGGUGGUGGCGGCCCUCCAGGAACCCCCAUCAUGCCUAGUCCUGCGGAUUCAACAAAUUCCAGUGACAACAUCUACACAAUGAUUAAUCCUGUGCCGCCUGGAGGCAGCCGGUCCAACUUUCCAAUGGGUCCUGGCUCAGACGGCCCAAUGGGAGGCAUGGGCGGCAUGGAGCCGCACCACAUGAACGGAUCCUUAGGAUCAGGCGACAUAGAUGGACUUCCAAAAAAUUCUCCUAACAACAUAAGUGGCAUUAGCAAUCCUCCGGGCACCCCUCGGGAUGACGGCGAGCUAGGAGGGAACUUCCUCCACUCCUUCCAGAACGACAAUUACUCCCCCAGCAUGACAAUGAGUGUGUGACCUCCCCCUCCAAGACGCUGAGAGCCGGCAUUGCAGGCAGAAGAUGCCAGAAAUUAUGCAAGAAGAAGUGAGGCGUCGCCACCAGGAGCUGGGGGAGGGCCGUCUCCUGCUCCCCUCCGUCCCUCCCAUCCGCUCCCCCACCUUUCCCGAUUUUAGUUUCAUGCAAUAAAAAGGCCAAACUUUU